AUGGCUUUCCAGAGACUGGGAAAAUUUCUUAAAACCCAUUUUGGCAAGAUGAAUCUAUCUCGGUUUGAAUCAGAUUGGCUUCCUUCUAAGUUUCAACAGUGCCAAAAUAUCUACAGAAAUAGGUCGAUGUCCAACUACUCUAACAUUUCGCCAUUUGAUACUCGCAGGGGCUAUGCUUUUCCCGAUAGUGGUACCCUCGGCAAUCUUCCUCCAGAGUUGAUCUCAGAAAUUGCUUCUAGGCUACCAACUUCAUCAGCGGUGGCUUUAUCCCUCUGCUCAAAAUACCUGUAUAAAACUUUAGGUCCGCAGUACAUCAUCGAGAUCAAUGAGGAGACGCCAACGUUGGAGGGAUUGAAACGCCAGGCUGCUGUACCGUCAAAUCCUACUUUCCUUUAUGCCAGGUUGUCACAGCGCCUCAUGUUACUCUCUCUGCUAGAUAGAGAUACCACAGAUCUCAUUCUUUGUUAUUUUUGCCAGAAACUCCACAAGCCCUUAUCUACUCCAUUCCAUGUCGACAAAACUUCACCGAAAUAUCCAUGUACACACGCAAGUCACGGCACUAGGUCCUGCAACAUAAUUUUCAACACGUCACAGGUUCGGAUGGCUAUGAAGCUUUUUCACCAUGGACUUGACCCUGGUAAGAAUCUUGAGGCACUUUCUGAGGCAACUCUAUCUCUACGCCAUAGCUCCGAGACGAUGUGUUUUCCCCGAAUUAUCGGUCGAAAGCUAUACAUAAAAGUUUUGCAUAAAUACACAGUUCCAUUUGAGAAAGUUGUACUUCACUGGAAUAACGGAUCAAGCUUUAAUUACCCUAAGCUUCCAAAUUGGGCUGCAACUGGUCAUCUUGUACGCUGCUCGGAAUCAGAACUCAACAUCCAGGCGCAAACAUUAGUACGACAAGCGCGUGAAACCUCCAAUGCCAUCUUGAAGUCUAAUAUCGAGCGAUGUCCUGUGUGCUUGGUUGAGUACGAAAUCCGUGUGCCAAGGAUUACCUCGAAGUUUGCCAACGUCGAAUGUAUCUCGUGGCACGAUCUUGGCGAAGGGAAUUUACCAUUUUGGAAUCCUAUCCUCAUGUCCCGUAUCAACUUCCUAAUUGGAGAAAUAGAAACACCCAAAUUAGGCAGUGUCAAAAAUAUAUUUGAAGAUUCAUAG